UAGCUGUGUUCUUUUACUCCCGGGUACACAUCUCUGCAACUUCUUCAAUGGCGCCGUAGAAGACCUUCCCCUUUCCAGUAUAUCUGUCGCUCUAUUUCAGUGUUUCUAUUCGUUCGUUAGGGAGUUCUAUUGAAAAGAUAAGAAGAGAAGAGUUAUGGGAGAUAACAGGCUUUCCUGUUCUCUCUUGUUCUUGUUCCUUUUUCUUGCUUCUUGCGUUAAUGGCGAAGACCCCUACAGAUUCUUCACAUGGAAUGUGAGUUACGGCGAUAUCUACCCUCUCGGAGUGAAACAACAGGGGAUCUUGAUAAACGGCCAGUUUCCAGGGCCUCAGAUCGAGUGCGUUACGAAUGAUAACUUGAUUGUCAGUGUCUUCAACAGCUUAAACGAACCGUUCCUCAUCUCUUGGAAUGGUUUGCAACAUAGGAGGAACUCAUGGCAGGAUGGAGUCUCUGGCACCAACUGUCCCAUUCCACCCGGGCAAAAUUUCACUUACAUUCUUCAGGCUAAGGAUCAGAUUGGCAGCUACUUCUACUUUCCAUCACUUGCAUUUCACAAGGCUGCUGGAGGGUUUGGUGGCAUCAAGAUCUUUAGCCGCCCAAGAAUUCCUGUUCCUUUUCCUGACCCAGCUGGGGAUUACACGAUUCUAGCUGGUGAUUGGUUCAAGCAGAACUAUACAGAUUUGCAAGGAAUCUUAGACAGUGGGCAUGAUCUUCCCUUUCCUGAUGGGCUUCUCAUCAAUGGCCGUGGUUGGAAUGGAUACACAUUCACGGUUGAUCAAGGUAAGACAUACAGGUUCCGGAUCUCCAAUGUGGGUCUCACCACAUCUGUUAACUUCAGGAUUCAGGGGCACACGUUGACACUGGUCGAGGUGGAAGGAUCUCACACAGUUCAGAACACCUAUUCUUCCCUCGAUGUCCAUCUGGGGCAGUCAUACUCUGUCUUGGUUACAGCCGAUCAGCCUGCACAGGAUUACUACAUUGCUGUUUCUACACGGUUCACCAAUCCAGUGCUCACAACUACAGCCAUUCUCCAUUACAGCAACUCAGCUGGAAGUGUUUCUGGUCCUCCCCCUGGUGGCCCAACAACUCAGAUUGAUUGGUCUCUCAAUCAAGCUAGAUCUGUCCGAUGGAAUCUGACUGCAAGUGGUCCAAGACCUAAUCCUCAAGGCUCUUACCACUACGGAUUGAUCAACACCACUCGUACAAUCAGGCUUGCCAACAAUGCUCCUGUCAUCAAUGGCAAGCAAAGAUAUGCUAUCAAUAGUGUCUCCUUCAUUCCUGCAGAUACACCUUUGAAACUAGCAGAUUACUACAAAAUCUCUGGCGUCUUCAACCUUGGAAGCAUUCCCGACAAUCCUACUGGUGGCGGUGGCUACCUCCAGACUUCUGUAAUGGCUGCGGAUUUCAGGUCCUAUGUUGAGAUUGUGUUUGAGAAUUGGGAGGACACUGUACAGUCAUGGCACAUUGAUGGAUAUUCCUUCUUUGUUGUUGGGAUGGAUGGAGGCCAGUGGUCGUCUGCAAGUAGAGACAGUUACAAUUUGAGAGACACAGUUGCUCGUUGCACUGUUCAGGUGUACCCCAAGUCAUGGACUGCAAUAUACAUGGCUUUGGAUAAUGUGGGAAUGUGGAAUAUAAGGUCGGAGAAUUGGGGUCGACAGUACUUGGGCCAGCAGUUUUACCUUCGCGUGUACUCCCCUGCAAAUUCAUGGAGAGAUGAAUACCCAAUCCCAAAGAAUGCUCUUCUUUGUGGUAGAGCAGCUGGUCGUCGAACUCGGCCUCUAUGAUCAACCAGAACUUGUUUUUCGUCACGAGAGGGUGACGGGUUAUUCAGUAUUUGGUUCAUUAGCAGAAGAUGGGCUCUCUACAAGGUGUUCCGGAAGGGCUCAGCUCCUAACAGAGGCAUUUAUUUUAUCAAUUUUUUUUUCUCAAUUAAAGCAUUUAUUCUCCAAUCUUCUUAUCCUUAGGCAUUUAUUUUGGUUCUUUUCCUAUAAUUAUGGGUUUGGAAUGUUAGUUUUCUUUCCAUGGUUUGUCUUGUUUCAUUUUAAACAUGAUAAACCCAAUUUAGAAGAGAACGUCUAGUUGUUGCUGCA